GUGCUGAGUGCAGGGAUCGGUCUUGGAGGGGAUGGACCUGGGUUUUGGAGAGAGAGAGCGCAGAAGAGGCUGCCUUGGUGCUGUGCUGAACUGGCUGGGACACGUGAGGUUGCAGGAAAUGCUGUCCUUCUGGGAUGUGGCCAUUGAGUUCUCUGCAGAAGAGAGGGAAUGCCUGGAGCCUGCUCAGUGGAAUUUGUACAGGGAUGUGAUGUUGGAGAAUUACAGCAACCUUGUGUUCCUUGGUCUUGCUGUGUCUAAGCCACACCUGCUCAUCUCUCAGAAGUGUAUGAUGGUUUAUGUCUCUUAA